AAUUUCCAUGGAAAUCGCGUUCGACGAGAGAAAGAUCGGACUAUAAUGUCGCCUCCUCACCUCACCCCGUUCGCCACGUGUCUAAUAGCCAUACUCUCGAUCGCGGUGUGUCAAAACAAUUGCCCUGCAACGUGUUUGUGCCAUCUCGACCAAAUUCCAACAACUGUCAUGUGCGCGGGCCAAGGAUUGGACGCGUUCCCCGGAAACAUGAGCGACUUGAUAACGAGAUUGGAUCUGUCGGGGAACGCGGUGGCGAGCAUCCCCGGUGACGAGAUCAACCGAUUGGUCGAGUUGGAAAUUUUGAAUUUAGCUGGGAACAAGAUAACCUCGUUUCCGGACAACGUAAGCUCGUUGAAAAGUUUGCGCGAAUUGGAUCUGAGCGGGAACGUUAUAAAAGGGACGUCCGAUAUCAGAUCGUUGGGACAGUUGCCGUCGUUGAAGGUCCUCUACCUGUCGAGGAACCCGUUGUCGGAGUUGGACGGAUUGAUAAGCCGCACCCUCGAGGCCCUGGACGCAGGCCAAUGCGGAAUAAGGGUAUUGAGCAACUCGUCCCUGGACGGGCUGCCGCAACUGACUAUGCUCACCCUCGUUGGAAACCCUUUGACAACCAUUCACGACACGUGGAGCCCGAAAUUAAAGUGGCUGGACGUGUCCGACUGCCAGUUAAACUACUUGGGCCCCGAUACCCUCUACGGAUUUCCAGAGCUUGACGAGCUUCUGCUUUCCAACAAUCCAACUUUGGUCUACAGCACGAGGAAUUCGACGUUGACGCAUCCGAAAUUGAGGAAGCUGGACGCGUCGAGGUGCAAUUUGGACAGGCCGGGCCUCCACGGAUUCCCCUCGUUGACUCACGCCCGAUUGGCACGUAACGCGAUACGAAUACUUCCCGAUCGUAUAUUCGCGAGGAACAGGCAACUGGGUUUCCUGUAUUUGAGCGGGAACAGGCUCGAAACGUUGACCGCGGGCACGUUCGAGGGGCUGGUGAAGCUUCAAACGUUGGAUCUGUCGGCCAACAAUCUGGAGAAAAUUCACCCGUACACGUUCCACGAGAAUAUCGAGUUGAAAACGUUGAAUUUGUCCUAUAACGCUUUCUACGAGUUACCGAAGCUCACCUCGGCCGUGAUAACGUUGGACGCGUCGUCGAAUCUGAUCAACCGUUUGAACGAGAAUUUAUUCGUCAAUAUGCCGAGACUGAAGAGCAUCGAUUUGAGCGAUAACCGUAUACAAAAGAUCCCGUUCGGAUUGAAAUCGACGACGUUGAGAAAUUUCGAUCUGAGGGCGAACAGGAUAGUAGAAUUGGCGAAUGACACUUUUCUCCAAUUGCCGCAGCUUAGAAGCAUCGAUCUGUCAGGAAAUCGAUUGACGGAGGUGCCAGAUCCAGAAAUAUUUCGAAACAAUCCAAAUUUGGAUAUUAUAUAUUUGGAGGAUAAUCCAUGGCAUUGCGAUUGCGAUAAAUUGUUCGUUAUGUAUAAUUAUUUAACGGAACCACCGAAAAUUUUUAAACAAAUUUUAAUUUGUCAAAGUCCGUCGAACGUGUCCGGUUAUAGUUGGCUGAUCGCUUGUUUCGACGAAUGGCACAAACCGCUUGAUUACAACAGAUCAUGGGGAUUCGCGAUAAUCGUUAUUCUCUCGCUCACCGUUCUAUUCGGUAGCUUCGUGUCCAUUAGACACAUGAUGAAGAUAAGGAGAAGGGCUAUCGAACAAAGACGACGAUUGGAAAACCUUAGUUUAUUGAGACAAACGAGGAAUCAAACACAAGUUACAACGGUACAAGAAAUCGUUGAACAUCGACCAGAACCAAGAAUCAAUCCCCUCGAAUUGAUAGAACCACCCAGUUACGAAGAAGCGGUACAGAUGCCGAGAUUGACUCAAUCUUUGGAUAAUUUGGACAAUAUUUCGGCGAGAACAUGUUCCGUGGGUUCCGUCGAUAACAUUAGGAGCAAACAGAGAAGAGGGAGGAGAUCGAAGAGAAUUCAAAGCGAGAACGAUUUAUUGAGGAGGGAAGAGCGGCGGCAGGAGAGACUCAGGAGGGAAAGGAACAACUCGGUCGAUAACAACGAGACCAGUUUACCAUCGAGUCAAAGAAAUUCCAGAGUAUACGCAACGCGUAGAGCGAGAAGGCAGAGCGUGAUAAGCGAUUCAGUGGAAUCAGGAAGCGGAAGAAUUCGAGCCAAACCGCAAACACCGAGAACAAGAAAAAGAAGGCAAAAGUCCACAGUGUACACAGACAACGAUUCGACCGAUGAUGAAUACUCGAAAAUAGUCGAUUUGAAUAAAUGGAUCAAGGAGUUUCCAAGAGAGCCGAGAAAUCGUUUCGGAAAAUCCAUAAUAGAGUCCGAUUUCUCUACUGAUUAAUUCGUUAUUAGUGAGAAUAAAUUUUUUUUAAGAUUGUUGUUGACAAUUUUAUAUUUUUAAUAAAUUUAAUAGUUUUUCAAAAUCAU